AUGACGAUCCCCCAUAAGACCUUGCGAGUUGGUGUGGACGUAGGAGGAACCAAUACAGAUGCGGUCAUCCUCGAUUUGACGCCCGGAACCUCUACACCCGUUCUUGCAUCAUUCAAAUCCCCUACCACACCAGAUGUCACCUCAGGUAUCCAGAAAGCGAUAUUCGGUUGUCUGGAGAAAUCUUCCAGCGAUAAGUCGCGCAUUGAAGCUAUAUCCAUCGGUACGACCUCUUUUGUGAACAGUCUUAUCGAGCGAGAUGCAACCAAGCUCGAGAAAGUAGGAGUCAUCAGACUUUGUGGACCGCACAGUCGGCUAUGUCCGCCAUUUGUCAGUUUCCCAUAUGAGCUCAGGAGGGUGUUGGAAGGUCCCGUCUGGAUGGUUGAGGGUGGUUUGCAAGUAGAUGGAAGAGAAAUAUCUACUGUGGACAUCAACGAGAUUCGGGGUAUCGCCGCCGAGCUUAAGCAACAGGGUAUCAAGACUGUUGCCGUAUCCGGAGUCUAUUCCCCUAUAGAUCAUGAUAUCAAGCAAGAGGAGCAAGUCAGGGACACCCUCCAGCAAGAGAUACCCGGUAUUAAAGUGACUCUGUCCAAGGAGGUAGCCAAUAUCGGUUUGCUCGAGCGAGAAAACGCUACUAUCCUUAACGCCUCUUUGCUUGCUUUUGCAAAGAUCGCUGUAUCGGGAUUCAGGCAAUCUCUUAAAUCGCUUGAGCUAGACAUCCCACUGUUCUUGACUUCGAACGAUGGUACCCUGAUGACUUGUGAUCAAGCGGAACAUUUCCCUAUCAAGACAUUCAGUUCUGGUCCAACUAACUCCAUGAGGGGGGCGAACUUCUUAGCUGGAUUAGCAAGUGGUGGAGCAAGAAAGGAGACCGCGUUGGUGAUAGAUGUCGGAGGUACUACCACCGAAGUAGGUGUACUGCUUCCCACGGGAUUCCCUCGUCAGGCUGGAGCACGACACGAGCUUUGUGGGGUACCACUGAACUUCUCGAUGCCCCAUGUCCAUUCCAUCGGUCUUGGAGGUGGAUCGAGAGUUCGGGUCGACAACUUAGGCAAAGUCACUGUUGGUCCCGACUCAGUGGGAUAUAGGAUUGAUCAGUCAAUUGCAUUUGGCGGUGACACUCUCACCACUACCGACAUUGUUGUAGCAGAUGGACGCGCCAAAGGUAUAGGUAACGCCAACUUGGUCAAGAACAUCUCUUCAGACACUAUCGCAGCUGCCUCAGCUAGGAUGAAGACCAUGAUAGAGCUUGCUCUGGAAAGCAUGAAGACUUCCACUCAAGAUGUACCUGUAUACCUUGUUGGUGGAGGAGCUAUACUUGUUCCGGACACACUCCAAGGUGUGAGCAAAGUCCACCGAUUCCCAUAUUACGAUGCAGCCAACGCUGUGGGUGCAGCAUGUGCUCAAGUAUCAGGUGUGAUCGAUACAUUCGAGGAUACCAGCACUACCCCACUUGCCGAAGUCAGGAAGAAGGUAGAGCAACGGGCUAUCGAUAAAGCAGUAGAUUUAGGAGCAGAUAGAGCCAAGACCACGAUUGUGGAAAGUGAAAUUAUACCCAUUGCUUACACGACCGGAAGGGCAAGAUUCUACGUCAAAGCUGCUGGACCAUGGACAGGCGCCCCAGUUACUCAUAUACAGUUCCAAAAAACUGCUUCGGCUAUCGCUAACAAGGACACAAAAGAAUUAGCGAGCGUCGAUGCCAUCCCGCCAGCCAAUAUCAGAAAAGGCCCACUACCUGAAUCUGACCCUCCCGUUACUGCUCAGACUAUACUCGACUACCGUCCCGCUAUUACGAAGCAGGGUGAAUGGAUGUUAUCCGAGAUCGAUGCCGAGUGGAUCGCCACAGGAUGUUAUAUUCUAGGCUGUGGAGGUGGUGGAUCACCUUACAGUAAAGCUCUCGCUCUAAGGGAGAUCAUUAGAGCAGGUGGAUCGAUCAAGAUCAUCGAUUUCAGUAAAUUGGAAGAUGAUGGUAUGGUGAUCUGGGGAGGUGGUAUCGGAAGUCCGGAGGUCAGUCAGGAGAGAUUGGUGAAUGAAGAAUAUAAUGAAGCGGUUUCUGAGCUAAUGAAGUUCCUGAGGAUGGACAAAUGCGCGGCACUGGCUGCUCUUGAAAUAGGUGGAGGAAAUGGUAUGAUCAAUAUGAUCACUGGUGCCUCGGUAUACUUGGACAUUCCAAUCUUGGAUGGUGAUUUCAUGGGUCGAGCCUAUCCAACGGGAUGGCAAACUACUCCAAACGUAUAUGACCUAUCAGGCAGGGGAGAAAUGCUCCUUCCAAGCUCACUGGCCAGUGGUGACGGUACUGUGACAUUCAUGACCAAAGCGAGAAGCGACAAAGACGUGGAUGCCGUAGAGCGAGCAGCAUGCGUCGAAAUGGGUACGCACGCUGGAGCUGCUCAACGACCACUGACCAAGCCACAAUGCGAACAAGCAAUGAUCAAAAACACUGUAUCUCAGGCGUGGAGACUUGGUCGAGCUGUUGCUUUGGCAAACAAGCAGUCCAAUGUAGGUAACAUCGGAAAAGUCCUCGUGGAGGCUUUGGGUGGUAGUCGAUGUGCCAAAGUCCUCUUCAAUGGUAAAGUCACCAAUGUCAAUAGGAGGAUAUACAAGGGACAUACCAUUGGAGAGAUCGUCAUUCAAGCGUUAAAGGCUGAUGAGGAAGAAGAUGAGGAUCCUGAAAAUCCAAAGGAGAAAUUCGAAGGUACCAUGACUAUACCAUUCAAAAACGAGAACUUGAUGUGUCAGCAUGAAGUGAAUGGUGUGACCAAGAUCACCGCCGGCGUACCUGAUCUCAUCUCUGUGAUUGACUCACAAACCGGUGAAGCCUUGGGCACUCCCGAUUAUAAAUACGGUCUACGAGUGAUGGUCAUCGGUGUUACCGCAGCACCUCAAUGGACUGAUACCCCAAGAGGAAUUGAGAUUGGAGGGUUGGGUGCAUUCGGAUAUGACGAUAUACCUUAUGAGCCUAUCGGCGUAUACGAGAAGCCUGUUAGUGUUAUUGACGAAUAUGGAUCAGUGUGA